CGCCCCGGCCCCAGUCCGCCGCCGGCCGCCGCGCGUCUGCCCGCCUGUGCCGUGCCGCGCUCCGCUCGCUCGCGUGUGAUCUCCAAGUGAUGUCGCUCAGUGACUAGUGCCAUGCUGCUGCUCCGUUGUGCCCUGGUCGCGGCGCUGGUCGCCACCGCCGCCGCCGCCUGGCAGGAGAACGUGCGCCCCAAGGUCUUCGCACAACUAGGAGUGGAUGACACACACAAAUUCCUCGGGAACGAAACACAUACAGAUUACUUCAGAUUAUUGUUACGAGAUGGAAAUUACUUAUUAGUAGGCGGCAGGAAUGUAGUGUACAACCUGAGCCUGACAGACCUGACGGAGCAGCGCCGCCUGGUGUGGUACUCACCCGAGAACGACGUCAAGAUGUGCGUCGUCAAGGGGAAGGACGAGGAAAGCUGUCAGAACUACAUCCGCAUCCUGGUCUCGCUGGGGUCGGGCAAGCUGCUGGUCUGCGGCACCAACUCGUUCAAGCCGUACUGCCGCGAGUACUCCGUGCAGCGAGACAGCUACCACAUGGAGAAGGAGAAGUCCGGCCAGGCGGUGUGCCUGUACGACCCGGAUCAUAACUCCACUGCGGUCUAUGCAGACGGGGAGCUGUACUCGGGCACGGUGGCAGACUUCAGCGGGAUGGAGCCCAUCAUCUACCGGCAGCCGCUGCAGACAGAGUCCUACGACUCCAUGACACUAAAUGCUCCAGAUUUCGUGAACUCGCUAGUUCACGGGAACUUCGUGUAUUUUUUCUUUCGGGAAACGGCGGUCGAGUACAUAAAUUGCGGAAAGUCGGUGUUCUCCCGGGUGGCGCGAGUGUGCCGAGACGACCGCGGCGGCCCGCACCGGUUCAAGUCGCGCUGGACCUCCUUCCUCAAGUCCCGGCUCAACUGCUCCGUGGCCGGGGACUUCCCCUUCUACUUUAAUGAGAUACAGUCAACGUCAGAGCUGAUAGAAGGCGUGUACGGAGGCCUAAACGCUCAACUCAUCUACGGAACCUUCACUACUCCUCCGAACAGCAUCUCGGGGUCGGCUGUGUGUGCCUUCAGCAUGCAGGACAUAGCUGACACCUUCGAGGGAACCUUCAAGGAGCAAAGUGCUAUCAACUCCAACUGGCUGCCUGUUAACAGUGCUAAGGUGCCAGAGCCAAGACCUGGUACAUGUCACAACGAUUCACGGACUUUGCCAGAUCAAACGCUGAACUUCAUCAAAACACAUGCGCUGAUGGACGAAUCGGUUCCCGCAUUCUUUGGAGAACCAAUCGUAAUACGGACUAGCUUUCACUACCGGUUUACGCAAAUAGCAGUAGAUCCGCAAGUGAAAACUCCCGGCGGAAAAGCGUAUGAUGUACUUUUCAUUGGUACAGACAACGGCAAAAUCAUCAAAGCCAUCAACGCGGCGUCCUACGACUCCAACAAGCGUGCUGCACCAGUCGUGAUCGAGGAGCUGCAGGCCUUCGCGGCGGGCUCCCCGGUGCGGGCCCUGAGGGUCGCCCGCGCCGGCCGCGACGCCGCGCGCCUCAUCGCCGUGUCCGACCGAGCCGUGCUCAGCUUGCGGCUGCAUAGAUGUUCCAGUGACAAGAUUAGCUCUUGCUCAGAGUGCGUGGCCCUCCAAGACCCGUACUGCGCGUGGGACAAGCAGGCGGGGCGGUGCCGCGCCUACUCGCACGGGGUCAGCCGCUGGCUCGACGAGAACUCCUUCUACCAGAGCGUCAGCACCGGCACGCAUCCGGCUUGCCCUCACAGUAAAGAUGCUGGAGCAGUUGGGGGACUAAGCUCCGGACUGUACGACGACGCCCGAGGGGAACCGAAGGGCGAAGUCAUCAACAUCGUACAAGACAAGGAUGGCAAGAACAAUGGUAAUAACGAAGGUCCGAAGGUCCUAGCGGCGGACCCGCCGCCCGCCGCCUACUCCGUAGAGACCCUGGCUCUAGCCGUGGCCGCCGGGGCCCUGGCCGCUCUGGGUGCAGGCUUCGCCGCCGGCUACAUCUGCGGAAGAAAAUGCAAGAAGGACGAAGACGACAACAUGCCAUACCCAGACACUGAGUACGAGUACUUUGAGCAGCGGCAGAAUAUUAACAGAAUCCAAGCAGAACCGAAGCUUUUGCAGCAAGUCGAGGAAGUGACGUAUGCCGAGCCGGUGCUAGCCCCGCAGCCGAAGCCGGCGUCCCCGCGGGCCACUCUGCGCAAGCACCCCCCGUACCACCCCCACCACGAGACGCUGUUCCAGUUCCAGCCAGACUCCUACCGCCGCGACAACUUCGGCACCCUUCGCUCUCACCAGGUCAAUGGCGACGGCUACCGGCGCGGCAACGACAACGGGUUCUCGACGACGCGAUCAGUGAAGAAGGUGUACCUCUGAGAAACAAGCGGGGCGGACUCGCGCGACCAGAUGCACCAACAUAAGCAUAAUACGCAUCACCACCAUACGUUGGUGUCGCAGCGCAGCAGCGGUUCGGGUUCAGUGUCGGCGAGCGGCGCCGGGUCGUCGUCGUCGCCGUCGCCGCCGUCGCCGCCCCCUCUCCCAUCACUGUUGUUGAGGCCGCCCCCUCUCCCAUCACCGUUGUAGAGGCCGCCCCCUCUCCCAUCACCGUUGUAGAGGCCGCCCCCUCUCCCAUCACCGUUGUUGAGGCCGCCCCCUCUC